AUGGAUAAAAAUGUGAUCGCUUGAGUUCACGUUAUUAAAAUCUCUGCUUGAUAAUAAACGACAUUCAUGUUCCUUCACAAUUCAUGUUCUCAUUUUUCCUCCAACUAAAAUUCUUUCAUUUCAAAUUGAAUUGCAUCACAUUGAAUGAUCAAGGACCGAAGAUCAAGGUUGAACAAAUAGUGUGAAGAAAUGUUUUGUAUGAAAUAAGGCGACAGCAUCAUUAUGAUGGGCUUACCAAACGCACUGAGGGCAGCGUGUUAAUGUAACUAUUUUUGUGCAAUUACACUUCCUCAUUGAACGUUUGCAACUAUAAUAUUAUUGCCGCCAAAGAGUCGAUAUCAGAUAGGAACAUCAGUUGGAUUCGACAAGUGUCACGACCUCACAGUAUACAGUUACGCAUCUCGAUCUCAUUGGGAAGAGAACAUUCGAUAAUUCGAUUAAGAGGAUAAGUAGAAAAGAACACAAAAAAUAAAGGACUGCUCCAUUGUCUUCAAGUGAUAAACUAGCCAUGGGUCUCAUUAUGUUAUUCGUAUUUGCAGGAUGCCUGACAUUGUCAAGUGCCGUGUCGUGCUAUACCUGCACAAAGGAUAAUGUGGCUUUUGAUGAGCUAGAAGGUGUCUUUGAAUCGAGCAACUGUUCAGUACCCAGCCCAAACAACGGUUUCGUCGACAUUGACAGAAACUGCACUGGAACUUGUGUCACGAGCAUAUCGCUGUCGUCUCAAAAUUACGACAUUGAUCGGUCUUGCUAUGAGGGUACCCCGUCACAAAUUGCGUCACGAUGCGAUCAAGGCUGCACAAGUCCUUCUAAUUGUCGACAAUGUUGUGAUUCCGACUUGUGCAACAGUGAUUCUGUGGAUAAUAUCAUCUCUGAGCAACGAAUGGGCCAAACAUGUUACGAAUGCCACCACAGCGAAAUACCAUACACCGGUUAUUUUAAUCCCAGUUGCGGAUUGAGCUUCGACUCUACCGGGGAAGGAGUGAGGUACUCAUUUUGCCAGGGUCUUUGUUUUAGUGCUAUCACUUUCAUUGAGGGUGUUGAAGAUGUCUGGCGGGGGUGCAGCAGACAGGGAGCCUAUUGUGACCGUGCCAACCACCCUUACCUGGAAGACAAGAGUGUCAGUUUCAAUAAUCUGGAUUAUAACGCGAAGUGCUGCCAAGGCUCACUCUGUAACAGUGGACACUUCGUUGGUCCGUCUGGUGGCGUGAUCGCGCUUGCCAUUUCCUUGGCUCAAAUCCUCUUUGCCCUGGAGCUCUGAUUUUACUUUGAUUUUAUAGCAGGAUGUUUAAUUUCUUUUCGUUUAAUUCAAUUUCCAACAAUUAUCAACUUUAUUUUCUGUCUUGCAUUUCGAAAUUAUGAGUAAACUUUUAAAAGAUAUUCAGAUAUUUCAGAUAUUUUUUUAUUGUCCAUAAUGCAAUCGGGUACAAACGGAAAUUCAAUUAAAAAAUACAUAUUUAGUUACCAAGGAUGUAUAUAGCAUUUCCAUUUUUUUUUAAUUAAAAAAAAACUGUCGAUUAAAUGCACUGCUAUGUAGAGGUACACGUGGACGGAAAUCGAAACCCUGACUGUAAAGAAUCAGCCUGCUAGCGCCUAUUAGACCUCUCGGCUAAGGCACCCUCCGACAGUAAGCAUUAGUUGUCACAAUGAUUACGUUAAUAAAGAGAAGGAUGAUAAUGCAAUAGGUGGGAUGAAGGAGGCUACUAAACAAAGCCGAACUUGUAGUGCAGUCUCAUGUUAAAAGCAUUACUAGUUAUUAUAUACAAUAUGCGUUUGCAAUGAUACAUAGGCGGGAUCCAAGGGGGGCAGGGGCCCGCUCCUUAUUAGCGGAGCAAAAAAAAAGAAUAAAGGGGGAAAGAAAGAAAAAAAAGAGAAAAGAAAGGAAAAGAGAGGAGAAAAAAAAGAAGAGCAGGAAGAAGAGUGAAUACAUUAAGAUGAGGGGAGAGUUGGAAAAGAAUAUUUCACUUCACUAUAUAAAAUUUUCGCUCGCGCUUCGCGCUCGCAUCGCCUGUUAGAUGAUUUAAAUAUAUGGAGUUUAAAAUAUCAGGUUUUUAAGUCAGUAUAUACAAAAACAUUUCAGCUCGGAAAUCGAACUGUCAUUGUCUUGUUUUAUUUUUAAAAAGUGUUCUGUAAAAAUAUUAGUUUUAUGGUCUAAAUAUUAACAUUUUCUGCUGCGCGCUCUCAAAAUUUGAUUUGACAGGUACCUAUUAUUUUUUCAAUUCAUAUAUCGAUUGUAAUCAAGAACAAAUUGCUUGAUUUCUUAACCCAAAUUGACUUGCAUUUAAUUCGAACUAUCCUACAACGCCCCAUAUUAUGUAACUCUAUAUCUACCCCUGUAAUUCAGUAGAGAAAUAUGACGUCAUAAUCAUCUUGCCCCCCCCCCCCCCCCACGAAUUGCCUAGCCCCACAUCUAUGUUUAAAAAAAAAUACUUUUCAAUGUUAUGGUUUAUAGAUUUAUUUCACAUAUAUUUGAAAUUUUCUGAUAAUAUCGAUUAUUUUUAACAAAUUAGCAAUUUCAUUAAUAAAACACUGCGACAUUAUGCAGAGAGAGGAAAAAUAUUACUCAUGAUUAGUUUGAAUCAUCUUCUCUUUUUCUUCAUGUCAAGUAUCUCUCUAUGUCUGUCGCAUUCGAAAUGUUUGAAGUAGAACAAAUAUUAUUUCUUAAUAAUUGAAUACAUAAUGGUUACCUCUCUGUGUUCAAAAUGGUUUGGAAUAUAUUUGUUACUUUUAUUUUCGUUUUUAAUGUGUGUAGUGUACAUUAGUUACCAUAUUUAUUCGGAAAAUAAACUCCUCAAAAAAAGUUUGGAAAUCUGAAUUUGAUCGAUAUUCCCUCCUCGGUUUUAGUAAAUAUCAAUGUUUAAUUAAUAUUAAUGAACAGAGCAUUUGAUUCUCUUUAAAAUGAUACCCUAAAACAUGAUAUAAUUAUGGUUCACAUGGAGGUGCAGUGUAUGGAAAUGUGGGGCACGGUCAAAAUUCAAAUUUUGUCCGUGGUGAUGAGUGAGUUUCUCAGCGGUUUCUUUUUACUUUGAUCGAUAAUUCCUCAUCGGUUCUUAGUAAAUACCAAUGUGUAAUUAAUAUCAAUGAAUAGAUCAUUUAAUUGUCUUUAAAAUGAUACCCUACAUUAUGUGAUUAUCGUUCACAUGGAGGUGCAGUGUCUUGAAAUGUGGGGCAGUGUAAAAUUUCAAAAGUUGCAAAAUGACACAAUAUUGAAAGUCACUGUUCUUUUUUUUUCAGUGGGUGGUGAUGAGUGGAUUUAUCAGAGGGUUUCUUUUAAUUAUUUUCACGCACCAUAACAUCAACAUUAACAUGGAAUCAAACACACCUCUACACAAGCAAACACAUAACAAACAAACAAACAAACAAACAUGCAUGGGUAUUUCAAACCACGACUCAAACCAUGUUAUCUCACAGAACCAUCACUACAGAAACAGGGGCUUGAUUUGAAUGGAUUUUCAUCUCUACUGACACAGACAAAGGAAUCAUGUUCUGUAUUGACCCUCCAUGACUAUUUCUGCUCGUUUUGCAGCUUUUCAAUUCAGACCUCAUCCACUUUUGAAUCCUGCUCUCUCCGUGAUGGCAGGAUCAUAACAAUCAUGAUAUCAUUUUAAAGAGAAUUAAAUGAUCUUUUGAAUGAUGUAAAACAUGCAUUGUGUAAAAUUGGAAGUUGGGAGAAACUAAUGGCCAAACACAGAUUUCCAAACUUUUUUUAGGGGUUUAGAAGACCAAGGGACCAAUUAUCUCGUCAAUAUUUUACAUAUUUUCUUUCGCAACAAUGCAUUUUAAAAGUGUGAUUCUAAGUCACUUAAUAAAUCUUUGUGAACACCCGGA